AAAUCUUUGCUUCAAUGGAGAAAAAAAGGCAGAGGUAGAUAGAGACAACAACAUUUUUUUUUUUGCGAAUUUUUCCUCUUAAAAACUCAAACAAUGUCUUUUUCUCUGCAAUUCAACUACCCCAUCUUAAGCUUUCAUUAUGAUGGGACUAGAACUCAUCCCUUUAGAUUAUUGUGUACUUCUCCACAAUUUGAUUCUUCUAUCAGCAGAGAUGAAGAAGAAGCUACUAAAGACUCAUAUGGGGAAAAUGAUAAAGGGCAUAUAGUUUUAGUGGAGAAGUACAGGAAUGGAACUUUGAAAAGGUAUGUUAUAGAUAGUGACUCUGAAAUGAAAAUGUUUCUUGAGGAGCAUGUGCCCACGACUACUGGAUCCCAAGAUCUUGAUAUCUCUGGCAUGGAGUUAUCGUGGCUGCCUAAGGUUAUCAAGGAUUUUGUGUUACCAUCAGGUUUCCCAGAUACAGUUUCAGAUGAUUACUUGGACUACAUGUUGCUUCAGUUCCCAACCAAUGUAACUGGGUGGAUCUGUCACACGCUGGUGACUUCAAGUCUCUUAAAGGCAUUUGGAGUGGGCUCUUUCUCUGGAACUUCCGCAGCUGCUACUGCUGCUGCUUCUGCUGCUGCCAUCAGAUGGGUUUCAAAGGAUGGAAUUGGUGCCCUUGGACGCUUUUUUAUAGGUGGGCGGUUUGGAAAUCUUUUUGAUGAUGAUCCAAAACAAUGGCGCAUGUAUGCAGAUUUCAUUGGCAGUGCAGGAAGUAUAUUUGAUCUCUGUACCCCUCUCUAUCCAUCUUAUUUCCUACCUUUAGCAUCUCUUGGAAAUCUUGCCAAGGCUGUAGCGAGGGGGCUAAAGGACCCUUCAUUCCGGGUUAUACAAAACCACUUUGCUCUGGCUGGAAAUUUGGGAGACGUAGCAGCAAAGGAGGAAGUCUGGGAAGUAGCUGCUGAGCUGCUAGGUCUUUCUCUCGGCAUACUAGCCUUGGAUACACCUGGUAUCUCAAAGUCUUAUCCUACAUUGGCACUAACAUGGUUAAGUGUGCGGAUCCUACAUCUUUGGUUUCGCUAUCAGUCUCUUGCAGUUCUGCAAUUCAACACGAUAAAUCUCAAACGGGCUCGAAUAUUAGUGAACUCCCAUGUUUUACACUGUACAGUUCCAGGAAUCAGUGAAUGCAAUAGGACGGAGAAUAUUUUAUUGUGGCAAAGAUUCUUAAAGCCACGUAUUAUUUUUGAGGUAUCUUUGGAGGAGAUGAUCAAUGGAGGCAAAUACAGAUCCAUGCAGAUCAAGCAACUCCUUAAUCUGUACAAGGAGGAAAAAUAUUUUCUUGUAAUAAAUCAACAGAAGCCAACAGAUUUUCAGGUCUUUGUAUCUUUCAAGGAAGGAGCCACAAGCAUAUCGGUGUUACGAAGUGUAUGGCAAACCUAUUGGCUAUAUCAAAACUGGGGCUGGUCAGAUAAUAUCUUUGAUCGGCUUGAACAGAGCUUAGUCGAAUUGAAGGAUAGAUUUCCUGAUCUAUUACAACAACUAAAUGAUGCUGGAUGGGAUACAACUAAUUUAAGUUUAAAGGUCCCAAGAGAAAUGUCGAUCAAGGAGCUUCCUGCCUUGAAUUAGUUUCACAUAUGGCCACUGAAUUUUAUCCACUACAACACAUAACACCAGGAAACACCUCUCUGCAGUUGAUCAUGCAACAAAAUCCUAGCACUAAACUUUUUUGCCUGUGAAAUGGGUCUGUUGCCUCAAGUUUACCUUCACUGAGUUUGCAUGGAUGAUCAGUAUAUAAGUAAGAUCUGUGGUUUCAUUUCCGAUUUUAUAUUGUGACUUCUGAGUCACUAUCCUUUUGCUGUUGGAUGACAAGUUUUCAAUGGCCCCGUCUCCUUGGAAGAGAUCGCUGCAUAAUCGGAGCAAAUUGAAUUGUUAUAGUCAUAAAUAUUCUUGAUAAUUUUACCUACAGUUUGUAGAGAGUGCUGCUGACAAACUUCCAUAGUUCUUUCUUGAGAAAAAAACUCAUGAAAACAGAGGACCUGUAUAGUAAUGCCAUUGGGAUAAUUCUUUAUGAAACAGAAGACAUGUUCAGGAAUACCAUUUUAGGUCUUUCUUUUUGUGCUAGUAAAUUUUAGUCGAUUUAUGUGAAAUAACAACUAAGUUGUAUUCCUUGUUACUUGUAUCAAUAUAUUUGGAGAAAACACGAGAAAUUCACAUUCC